GAUAUGCUAUCAGAGAAUGAAUUCCAAUCGAUAUGUAAGGUUUUUUUCACUGGUACCAUGACCUUUGUCUGCUCGGCCGUGGUACCAGAAGUCGUGAGCAAAAAGUAUUUCAAUCACAUGCUAGCAGAGAAGAUUCCGUAUAGUAUUUAUCAGAUGAACAGCAAUAACACCAGCUAUCUGCUGAUAUUCCGUUUCAAGGAUAUAAUCAACUGUCGAACCAUUCAACUGACCGAUAUGCACAAUCUUAAUUGUCCAAAUAAUGAGAAUGAACCGAAGAGUUACAACUUCAGCUAUAGUUACUGCUUGUUCUAUAACUACACUAUGGAAUUGACUUCAGACCUCACGAGCCACUGUGGCGCCGAUGCUGUUCAACGUAACUUAGAAUCGGGUUACUUCUUCAUGAGCCUCGACAAUGACCACGAUACAAGUAUUAAGAGAAAUGUUGGUGAUCGGCUAGGAUCCCAUGGACUUGUGCUAUGUCUGAUCAUAUCAUUUUUGUUGAUCGCAAUCCUGCAAUGGAAGGCACAUCGAUUGUAAAACCAGUUAGCUCUGCUUUUUCAGAGUUUUGAGUCGUGUUUUAGAAACUAUUCGUCCAACAUGUAUUCUCCAUUGUCCAAACGCUGCAAACGAGUCUUUGCUAUCACAUGGAACUUGAUUUGUUCUGGCCAAUAUCAGGAGGACAUUCGAAUCCGUUUCGGUAGCAAGCUAUCGAUGGUUGGUGAUCCCUAUGCGGUUUUCAGACCCACUGAUGGAGAUUCCAUGGAUGUGAUGGUCAUAACUGGCAGCAAGGGAAUUACUAAAUGCCCACAAAUAAUGGUGAAGAGUUUGAACGAGUUCCAGUGCAUCCGAUCGGGGGCACUUCAGAACACGACUGUCCAUACGAAUCGUAGUUAUAUGGCGUGCUUGGAGUACUUCUUUCAAAUGGCCUUUGAAAUGGAAAUGCACUGCAAUCGGGAAGACGUGAAGAACAGUUCCUUCACGGUCCUGCAUUUUGCUAACGUUAGGAAAAGGUUGCGAACGGUGGACCCACCGACAAAUGAAGUGGCCACUCUUGACUUCGAUAUGACUAUGCUAUUUAUUUCGGCAAUUUUGGUCAUAUUACUCAUUCUAAGAUGGUGAUAGCCUAUAUCAACUUCUAUUUCAAUGUCUAUAUCUGUGUUAAAGUUGUAGACAAUAAUCUGUAGCUGGCCUUGUCUCGGAUGUGUUCCGAGAUUAUAAACAAUUUUGUAUAGUAUUAUCAUUGUUUCCUAACCUCUGGAACAUUUCCAAUGGCAGUCCAAAUAAAAAUUGUAAGUCUAGUAA